AUGUUGCUUGAAUUGUUCCUCUGCCUGCUCAUUUGAAGUUAAAUGAUAGGUUAAGAGUUAGUUUCCUUUCUUUUGUUUUCUGGUAGGUGGCACUAUCACACAAGUUUUUGGCUUCUCUUACCUGCACUGCCUCUAUAUUUGAGAGUGGCACUUUCCAACCUCUACCAUCUCUGUAAGAGGUGUGGAUUCUUGCCUCCAUUAUUGCUUCUUGUGCCACCUGGGUUGUUGCUGCCUUGCUUCUUCCAGAGCCACUGUCAUCCAUCAGGAUGGUGGGCUCUUUCCUUCUGUCUGGGAUCCCCUGAGACACAGGCUACACCGUGGGCUGAGUGGUGCAUUGGUGGGGGAACUGGGAUUGCACAGGCACCUCCACCGUGUUUGUGUUUGUAAGGUUUGUGGGUUCCACCACUGUGGAUGGUGGGGCAGAGGCUGGGGUCAUGGGCACCUCAGCAUUGGAGAGGUAGGGUCCCAGGCCCCACUGCUGCUGCUGCCCAGGUUACCUGCAGUCAUGGUCACUGGUGCCGUUUGGUGGCCGGAGUUGUGUGCACCGCCUUCCCUGCUGCUACUAGGUUCUCUGUAGCUGUGGGCUCUGCUGCCAUGGUCAGAGGGCCAGGAUUGCAAGCACCAUCUCUGCUGUUCCCUUGGUUCUGCCUUCUCUGUGUGUUUCAGCCUACCCACCUUUAGACGUACAGAUGUGUGGAAUUCUUCGGCAUCCUGUUGUGUCAGGCAGAGGCACCUUUGAUGAGUUGUGGUUGUAUUACUGGUUGUAGAUUAAAGUGGGGAGACAAAAGUAGUUUUUCAUCCUGCCAUGUUUCUGAAAUCACUCUGUAUUAUAAAUCUUUCAAAAGUUAUCUUUUAUUUCAGAUGCUGUCUUCUAUUUGAAGUUUUUGUUGCUGUUGUUGUUGUUUGCCUUUAGAGUUCUCAUUCAGAUUUCUGUUGCCCAAAGGGUGUCUAGGUUUCUAGUUUUUGAAGAGACAAUAUAGUUUUUGAAGCAAAAUGUUUUUUGAUUAUAUGAGUGAGCGUGCUUUAAAAUUUUUAAAGCUGUUUUAAGGAAGUUUUUUGUUAAGAGAAAUCAGGUAGGAAUUGCUAAGGAAUCUCAUGCUGUUCUGACAAGGUGUAGAAGAGAUCACAAGGAAAGUAAUAUAGAAACAAAGCUGAAAAGACUAGGAUUAGAUGGAACCUACUUAAGGAUAUUUUGUGAAUCUGUGUCAAGAUUAAGCUUCCUUGUAUAUAACAAGAAAUGCCAAAGUUAACAGUAAUCGAAACAGGAUAUAUGUUUAUUUAGUUUUCAUGUAAAAGACAUCUGAGUUUUGGCAAUUUGAGGUAGAUAUGAUGACUCUAGAUUUUUGGGGAGCCACAACUUUUUUUAUCUUGGCAUUCUAAGCUUCAGCCAUCGUGUGCACAUUCUAAUCAGCAGGAAGGAGUCUGUUAAUUUUGAAAAGUUUGUUCUCAAUUUAGUUUUAAUUUUAAUUUUCAGUGUUGGAUUUGGAAAUAUAGUCAAUUUCUAUAUAUUGAUUUUAUAUCUUCUGACCUUGCUAAAUUCUCACUUGUUAAUUGUAAUAGUUGUUUUACAGGUUUCUUCGGGUUUUAUAGUCAACCAAUUAUGUCAUCUGCAAAUGAAAGCAAUUAGUUCUUUUUGUCUACUCUGUCUGCCUUUUAUUUCUUUUUCUUGCCUUAUUGCAGUACCUCCAGUUAGGUACUGAACAGAAACGAUGAGUGAGAACAUCCUUGUCUUGUUCCACAUGUUAGUGGGAAAUACAUAUUUCAUCCUUAAGAUUGAUUUAGCUGUAUGGUAUUUUGAUGGGUGCCAUUUAUCAUACUGAGGAAUUUCUAUUUUAUAUCUAGUUUUCUAAAAGUUUUUUUUUUCAUUCUUAAGUUGUCAAUGAACAUUGAUUAUUCAUAGUACUUGACAUUUGAUUACAUAUUUAUUUAUUCUCUAUUUCCCUCAUGGGACAUCAUUUCUGUCUUGUGCACUACUGUACAUUGAGAGUCUAGCAUAGUACCUGCUACUCUGUAUGUAUUCAAAAAAUAUUUGUUACAUGAACGAAUUUUAAACAUACAUGAGUUGCUUGAUCAGACUCUGAAGAGAGAACUUGUACUUUACUGCUGGAACUGAAUGAUCAUAGCACUUUAUCGCCACAUGGUGAUAUAUAUAUAAAUUGUAGUAAAAGCUUCUUGGGAGGUGAAUAAACUUAUGAGAACUAAAACUGCAAAUGCUUGGGCUGAUGUGCCGGUUAUAAUUUCAAAUAAACAUAUACUCAUUAUAUAUGACAAGACUGUGUCUGAGAUUUAGCAAAUAUUUUUCACAUUUGGUAGGUGCUGAAGUGUUUUCUCUUUUCCUGGAUGCUAGAAAAGGCUGAAGGAUCAGCUUAAUUACACAUGUUAAAGAAACAGAAUAAAUUGUGAAAGUUGACGCAAGUAGAGUGAGGGCAAAGGCAUUUCUAUAUUUGCAUUCCUGCUCUGUCAGCAUUUCCUUGCUAUUAGGUGUUAGCCAAAUUUGAAUUUUAAACAACAGGGAUUUUCCAGCUUCUUAAUUUCUUGCACUAAAUAUUUACUAUAUUUCAAGAAAGUCCAUCUUACGGCCAAGAAGGAAACUUUAGGUUUGUUCUUAAAUAUCCAAUCCAACUAAUUCUGUAGAAUUAGUUCUAUGGAAUUCACUGAGACAUAAAUGUAGAACUGAGUGGGAUUUAUCUGUUUUAUCAGGCAGCAUCUUCGAAUGAAACUGUCUAUCCUCUAUACUGGUAUGAUUACCAAUGUGUAUUUUCACUUCUUAGCCUCCAUAAAAAAUAAAGAACCAUGUGCCACAUAUAUGUUAAUAAAUUUUUUUAAGUGCAGUUCAAAUAUUAAAACUUUCUUAUUUAUGUUAAAUGGUCAAUCUUGUAAAAUAUUGAUAUUUUUACAUGAAGGUUAGCCCUUCUUAUGAUCAAAAUACCCGAGGGCAAUAGUAUUGGGAGUACUGUUUUAGUAAUAAAGAUUAUAGUAUGGAUAAGUUCCCUACAAGGCCCCAUGAUGGUAAUACCCCUAGAUUUUGUCAUUAAAGAAAACUGCUGAGAGGCGAUAAUUUUUUUUUUGUAUGUGUCCCAUUUUCAUUAAUGCAUGGUAAUUGAUGGAGCUGCAGUGACUUGUAGCAGUAAUGAGUUCUAAACAUAAUAAUGCACUCUUUUCUAAUAAGUGAGCACUGCUGGGUUUUAAAAGCAUACUAAAUCAGUUGCUUUAGUAUGAAUUUAUUAGUUUUUUUCAGCAUUAGCUUUAAUAGUAGUUAUUUACAUAAGCGUACAUCCCAUUAACUGCCAUCAGGGCUGGAAAACAUGCUGAACUGUUCAUAUUUUCAUAUAAUUAUUGAACAUAAUGGUUUCAUUUGCAUUUCUAAACAGUGAUGUUUCUGUCAGCCUUGGAAAUAGUGUCUUUACGCAGUCCCUAUUUCACAUCCACUUAUUUGACAUCGUUAAAUUUUAUGCUAAUGUGCUUCCCUAGAAUAUCAUCAGUAGGACAGAUGCUUGUGCUUUAAUAUACAAAUCAGGGAUGCUUUUCCAUCCCCCCAAUGGCAAAGGAAAUUUUUUAAAUCUGCACUUUUAGAUAUAGAGUCUGUCUCCAUAUAAAUAGGUUUAUGAAAUAAAACUUUUAUAAUCUGGUUUUCUCUUCAAAAUACUUCAUUAUGAAUAGCUAUUUACCUAAGGUUAGUUUUGUUGUCUUGAAUGAGGCGAUAUGAGUCUUAGUAAAGAUCUUGUUGCUUAUGAAUAUUUAGAAUUCUGCUUCUGAAAUGUUGAUCUUGAGAUGCACGCUUUUCAGUGCCUUUGCAUAUAUCAGGCCACAGCGUUAGUUUUGAAAGUAUUCCCUGUAUUUUUGUUCCUUUAGUUUCAGAACCUAGAUUGUAAUAGCUCAUGGUGGAAGCUGUUAUGUUAAUACUCUUGGGCAUCUAAGCUUUUUGUAUGCACUUAGAAAAUGCUCAAUGUAAAAAAGUCACUUGGUGGGGGAGGGGUGCAGGAUGGGAUGCCAUGAGCAUGUCAGUGAGGUAGCAGAACUAAUAUGAAAGGACAGAUUUUCUGAAAAAACUCAGUGCCUUUUGGACAUCUAUGUGUACUAUCAGCUUUUAUUUCUCCAACGUUGUGGAUGCUUUUGUGAAUGCUGUCAAUUGAACAGCUGGUUGGAAAAGUUUAAACAGAAGCAACCAAUUAAAGAAUUGUUUUGGGAGUUAAUUCAGGUCUUUUUGGGGAUUACCACUUUUUUUUUUUUUCCCAGCCCUUUCUUUUCUUGUGUUCUUACAGCUCAAGGUGGCAUUUUAUUGUUGACUCUUAGUGGACCUGCAGUGCCAGAGCUGACUCUGCAAAGUUCAAAAUGCAAGGUUGGCAUUCUGGCAAGAUAGGCUAAAGAAAAAUCUUCAAGAGCUCUUGCCCCAAAUUACUUGCUAAAAAUAUUUUAGAACUGAUAGAGCAUAAAACUGAUGUAGCAUAAAAGGAUUAUUUGCAUAGAAAUGUUAUUUGGCUUAAACAGGUCAGGAGGCAACUGAAAUUUGGGGAAAUUUCCAGGGAAGAAGGAUGAUAAGGGCUGUGAAGAAACUACUAUGGAGGUGGAGUUUCAUAGCUAUUCAGUUUUACCCCAACUUUUUAAUGAAUUUUCUCUGAGAUAGUACUUCUCACAACAAUGGGAUCCUCUGAACUAUGGUAUUGAAAACAUUGGUCAUGCCCUUCUGCCUAGGGAAAAUGUAGCCUUCAUAGUUGCCAGGUAGACAUUGUAUGUGAAAAAUUUUAGAAAGUUCUUAAAAUCUAGCCUUAUUAUAAGCAAGGCGAUAUUUUCAGUUAUUUAUAAAACUAUUUGUGAUUGCAUUCUUUAUCAACAAAACUCUUUUUGGUGGGGUGCAGUUUUUCACAAAACUAAAGAAAUACAUUCCCUGUCACCAAAAAAUACCAUUUAUCUUUUUCCUCCCUGUGCACAUUUCUCUCUUUUCUGGAAAGAGAUUUAAUGAUGAAAUGAAAAUUUCAUCCGCCUAUUCAGUUUUAAAGUGUCAUGAUAGUUAAUUUUGACAACUUGCCCCUGAAUGUCUCUGUUGCUGUAGAACGUUACUACCUUCAAGGUGGCAAAGGAGGUGUGUUUUAAGUGCUAUGUGACUGGUUUCCAAGCCCUGACUUGAGAGGAUAAAAGAAUUCUAAAUUUUGUUUUACGACAGUCUCUUUGUAGGUUUCUUAUAAAGUUAAAAAUUUGAGACCAAGUCAGGUAUUUUCCAUAAUGUGCCAGCCAGUAGGAGGACAUUACCUGUUUGGUUAUACUUAUUUUCUCUUUUAUGGCUGGGGGAACACAAUUACCACCACCCUUAUAGAGAGGUGCAAGUGCUUUGAAAUAAACAUCAAGCACUGUGAGAUGCCUGAGUGCCACAUGUUGUGCAAAACUGCAGGGACUCUUUGGCAUCCACUGUGUUACACCUGUUUAAGGAAACUUUAAUUUAGGGUAUUUGAUUUUUCAGUUCAUAUAUUUUAUUUAUUUUGUCAUUUCUGGGUAUGACAGUAAUUACUCUUAAAAUUGUCUAGCCUGAGAUAUUUACAAAUAUAUAUCUGUUAAUCGUUCCUCAGCUAUAUGAUUAGUGCUAGUAUUUGAGGACAUGGGGGAGCUUUGGAAUACUUGAAAAUUAAUGCCUUACUUAAUUAAAAACUUUUAACCUGUUUUUCCUGAUUUCAAAAACAAUACAUGUACGUUAUGGGAUAUUUUGGAAUAAUGCAGAAUAUUGCUUUAUUGAAAUCAUCAGUGUGGUGUAUUCACGUUUUCCUAGUUCAUCAUUUAAUCAUCACUUGAGUAGCUACUUGUAUAUAGGUUUAUAUAACUUGACAUUACAAUGAAAGAAUUUUUUAGCUCUCUUACCUUUAAUUUUGUAUGAAUUAAUUAUAUUAUUUAAGGUAAAAUAUUAAACAUCUGUUUUAAGCACAACAGAAAAGCCAGCCAAAAUAUGUUUAAUGGUAUAUAUUUACAGUAAUACUUGCCAGUUCAAUUGUAUAAUGGUAUUUGUGAAAGUUCUCUGCUCAGUUUUGUGGUUAUGCUUAGGUCUUUCAAGUGAGGAGGGUGGGGGAGGACCCAAAAGAAAGAGAAAUCUGAAAUUGAUGUGAUUUUAAGGGAAAUGUUGGGAAAAAAAAAUUUCCAUAGAGCUCAUAUAUUGCACAGAACACCUGUGCUUUACUAAGCCAGGUGGUUAGAUGGCUCUGUGAUGUGUGUAAAUAACUCUUUAAACUUCAGGUUCCUUCUCUGAAAAGUGAGGAUCAUAAUAGUAUUUAUUUCGAGGAGUUGUUUUGAAGGUUAAAUGAAAUAAUUCAUAUGACUAACCACAUUAGAAUCACUCAGAAAACUUCCUAGCAGCAGGCAAUGCUAAAGUGGUCCUGGCUUGCUUUAUUCACUUUCCUCUCAUCUUCUAGUCCCUUGCAACUCCAAGCAUCCUCCAUGGACUUGUAAUGUCAGCAUCCCCAGCAAUACCUGGAAGCGUGUUAGAAAUGCAGAAUCUGGGACUUCCCUGGUGGUCCAGUGGUUAAGAUUUUGCCUUCCAGUGCAGGGGAUGCAGGUUUGAUCCCUGGUUGGGGAGCUAAGAUCCCACAUGCCUCGGAGCCAAAAAGCCAAAACAUAAAACAGAAGCAAUAUUGUAACAAAUUCUGUGAAGACUUUAAAAAUGGCCCACAUCAAAAAAAAAAAAAUCUUAAAAAAAAGAAAGCAGAGUCUUAGACCUCAUGCCAGAUUUUAUUUUUUCAGAAUCUGCAUUUUAACAAGACCCCUGUAUAGUAGUAUUUGUACUAAUUUCUUUCAAUAAGGAAUGUUUAGUGUAAGAGAUAUGAGCAGUGGAUAAAUAAAAGCUUUUGCUCUCUUUUCUCAGUUCUCACUUUCCAAUUAAUAUCUUUGGAUAAUGAAGGGAUGUGUAUAUAAGAAGAGUGUAUUGUAUUAACUUGUAUUCUGCUGCUGUUAGGUGGGUUAUUCUACAAGUGUCAGAUGUGUGCUGUAAAGCUUCUCUAUGCCUAUUGAUUUUUCAUCUACUUGUUUUAUCAAUUACUGUGAAAGAGGAAUUGAAAUCUCUGAGUAUAAUUGUAGAUUUAUCUAUUUCUCCUUGAAGUUCUUUCAGUUUUUGCUUCAUGUAUUUGGAAGAUCUGCUUUUAGUUGCACAGAAGUUAGAGAUUAUCUCUUCCUGAUGAAUUGACCUCAUUAUCAUUAUGAAAUGACCUUCUUUAUUCCUGGUAAUAUUCUUUGCUCUGAAAUCUACAUUGACUAAUAUUUCUUGAGCUACUCCAGCUUCUUUUGAUUAGUGUUAUCAUGGUAUAUAUUUUGUAUCCGUUAUGUUUUAACCUAAUUGUGUCUUUAUAUUUAAAGCAAAUUUCUUGUAGCCAGGACAUAGGUGAGUCUUGCUUUUUAAUCCAAUCUGACAUCUAUACCUUUUAAUUAGGGUACUUAGACCACUUACAUUUUAUGAUUCUUGAUAUGUUGGUUUUGAGUUUAUCAUUUUGCAAUUUGUCUUAUUUGAUCUUUGUUCCUCUUUUCCUUUUUUUUCUGCCUUUGGAUUAAUUGAAUAUUAAAAAUUUUUAUCUCCUUUGUUGGCUUAUUAGUUAUCACUUUGUUCUUUUUGGUAUUGGUUGCUCUAAGGUGUAUAUAUUCACCUAACUAUUAACAGUCAACCUUCCAAUGAUGGAUUAUACCAUUUUAACUACCUUACAAUAGUGUAAUACCAUUUCUCACUCCCUGAUCUUUGUACAGUUGUCAAGAUACAUUUUCAUUUUAUACCCAUACCUUAUUUUUUGUGUUAGAAAUCAGUUAUCUUUAAGGAGGUUUAAAUAAUAAGACAACAUAUAUUUACCCUUAUAACUACUGCCAGUGCUCUUCAUGUAGUCCAUAUUUCUGUUACGACUUCCUUCUGCCUGACAGACUUCCAUUAACAAUUAGUGUUGGUAUGAAUUCUUUGUUUUUGAAUGUAUGAAAAAGUCUUUGUUUUUCCUUCAUUUUUUAAGUUUUUUCCCUUAAGUUCGUUAAAAAUGUUGCUCCGCUAUCAUUACACAGUCAUUUCUACCAAUGAGCCGUGGUUGCCCUUUGUCUUACUGACCACCUUCCUUUUUGCCUCUAAGCACAGCUCAUUCACUGACUCCCAUAUCUGCAAAUUAUUGAAUAACAUCUCAUCAUUGCUGGUGAUGACUACCAGAUUUUACCAUUUAAAGCUACAGUAUAAAGAAUGCCAAGAACUUCUAAGCCUCUAUCAGAAAUAUCUAUCAGAACAGCAGGAGAAGCUCACUGUGUCUCUCUCAGAACUUGGUGCUGCUAAAAUUCAGGAACAACAGGUAUCCGAUAGGAAAAGCACUCUCUGGUCUUCAUCUGUGGAACUGGAUGGUUCCUACUUGAGUGUAGCCAAACCACAAACCCACACUCAAACCAAGCAAAGGCCUAAGUCUGCAAAUCAGGACUCAGCUUCAGAAUCCCUUGCGGAAUUUAGGAAUAAUUCUUUGAAACAAGCAGCCCUUCAUUAUCCCAAAGAGGAUGUGGACAAGGUGCCAUCAGAGACCAGAACAUGUAAUUAUGGAUCCCCAGGGAAAAAACUAGUAGAUGCAGUCCCUACAGAGAAAGUUCCACCAGAGGACCUGAACAUGAAGGAAUGCCAACACCGUAAGGCUACUCCACCUAGUCAGUGUUGUGGUCAUAGACUUUCUGAAAAUGCGGAUCAUGUUCGUGAGAGCCAUCCGACAAACAUGGUCCCUGAAUAUUCCAGGACACAUCUGGAAUCAUGCUGGUAUUGUGGGCUUUCCUGGGCAUCUCUGAUGCGUGGCCAAGGGGCACUGCAGCCUAGUGAAACUGAUGUCAAAAAGCAGCUCUCAGAAGAUAGAAGGCAGCAACUCAUGCUUCAGAAAAUGGAGCUGGAAAUUGAAAAAGAACGCCUUCAGCAUCUACUGGCCCAGCAGGAGACAAAACUACUCCUAAAGCAGCAGCAGCUUCAUCAGUCUCGACUGGACUAUAACUGGUUAAGAACUCAAGCUGUAUUUAAGUCAAGAGAACUGGUUGCUAAUAAAGACAUUACUACACCCCGAGAGCUGAGGCUGGAUAUGAAUGAGAGUGGCUCUGGACCAAGUUUAUUGAAGUCAAAAUGUGAUGGCUGGACGCUUGGAACAUCAUCAUCCAGCAAAAAGUACCAAGACUUCACUAAUAAUGGAGAGAAUAGAAAGGAGAAGAAGACAGUUGGGUUUCAGUCACAUAUGGAAGAUGAUGCCCUGUGGACAGGUCAAAAGAAAGAUGCAUAUCAACCCCAAAGAGGGACAAUGACAGAAGUUAGAAAAGAUGCGUCCACAUCUCCUAUGACAACAGGAAGCCAAAAGGAGCUUGUAAUCACAACCACAGCAUCAUUGCAACAUGACACUCCCCGGAGUAAUGCGAGACAAAGGUGUUUGCUGGAGGAUACCAUUCCUAUUUGCCAGUCGCCAUGCUGUUUUGCAAGUUUUCAGCAGAGGCAGCUUUGGUAUGAGACAUCUCUACUGGAUUUGGUUCAAUCUCUGAGUCCCAAGACUGCUUCCAAACCGCGGCCCCAUCGCUCCAGAGAAGCUGGGUCAUGGCAUCACAGUACUUGCCUACUCAGUCCUCUGAAAUCAACCUGGAACAAGACCAGGGCAGGCAGGACCCCUGAAGACCUGGAGGAGGAUCAAAUUCUGGAAGAUAUCUUUUUCAUUUGACACUGAAGCACAUGCUGCAAACUUUCCUUCGGAAAUGAGUGGGUGUUUUUAUAUACUGAUCCAGGAUUUUUAAUUAUUUGACUGCAACGUAAUUGUGUCUCUCCUUUCACAGGGAGGGACCUAUCUCACUAGCAUCCUGUUACGUGUCGAAUAUAGAAAUCAUUCUAACAACCCAGGGUGUUUCUGAUCAGACCAAUCAGUAGACACACAUUAAGGAUGGAUGGGGGUGGAGGACAGUAGCUUUUCUAUGCCAAGCAGAGAUUAGAACAUUAACAUAGGACACUUUCUGCAUGGCAGAGGCCUUUGCAUACUCAGCCUCAUUCAAGAGUGUUUCCUUCUCAAUAUUUUGCUGGGAAAGGUUGGCCCUCUUUUGUACACAAGGAAAACCUUUCCAUUGAGAGAUCCCUCUAGUUUAAACGUAGCCCCUUUGUAACAUAAGCAAUUUCAGAAAGAUAGACCCUUUUACCUCUCCACCCUGUUCUCUUACCACCUACCUCUUUCUAAGUCAGUCAGUUAAUUCAGAGGUUAGAGUUGGUGGUGCCUCUCCCAUCACAAGCAACACUGAGGGCCAAUUGUGAGUCAGUCUCAGCAGUCAUCAGCCUGGCCGCUGCCCACCCUAUAACCAAAAGGGCUUAAUGAGCUAGAGGGAGGCCCUCCCAACCCUUAGAAAUCAGCAUUAGAUUGCACAAGCGAGUACUGCCCUAGGGGAGGCACUGGCCUGAAAUGCUUGUCCUAUGGUUGGCCAUUUCCCAGGGUAAAUAAGAGCACUCUCUCAGUAUUUUUUCUUGCCCCAAGUGUCUGUUUUACUCACCCUGGUGAACUUCCCAUCAGCUGCUACAGGCUGACAGACUUCCCCUGGCCUCCCUUCUCUCCCCAUGUGGAGUCAAGGCCCUGAUUGACCAGGCCUUGCGCGUGCUCUGCUCAAGACCACUGUCUCAUGGCCCCAAAGAACCACCUCCACGUGCCAGAUAAUGUUCCACCACCCCGCGCAGAGUCUCCCCCUUUCUCCCCCUAGGCCUCACAGAGAAAGCCUGUGGAAGAAGUGCACUCGAAACGUACUCUCUCUGCUCUCCUGUUCGGCAGGGCUCUUGAGAUGGGUCCCUCAGCUUACAGUGGGCGCUAGAGGCCUCCCAAGCUUAUGGGCAGUGUGAUGAGCCUGGUAGAGCCAGUGAGUUUAACACUUGCCAGUCAUUGGAAGCCAGGGGAAGAUAUGCAUCACUUGAUGACUUUAUUUGGUGUGGAGCGUGUUGCUUUUUUCUCUCUCCCUUUCACCAACCCCUGGCCUGUCAGUCAUUAUUGGUAGCUAACGUCAGACCAUGCAGGGCAGCCGGCACUUAGUGAGACUGCACGGCUUCCCUGAAGUCUUUAUCAAAACUAGAUUACUUCAGCCUACAAGAGCCUUCUGGAGCAACUUCCUUGUCUGGGUAAAUCCACAUCUCAUUGUCUCUUCAGACUGAGGCCCUGUCACCUCUGCCCAACCUUCCUUCACUUGGGUCCUUUUGUUCUUUGGAGGAGAGAAGAAUAUAGCUUACCAAUACCAUAUUCUUUUUUUUUUUUUUUAAUCUUUAUUAGGGUAUAAUUGCUUUACAAUGGUGUGUUAGUUUCUGCUUUAUAACAAAGUGAAUCAGUUAUACAUAUACAUAUGUUCCCAUAUCUCUUCCCUCUUGCGUCUCCCUCCCUCCCACCCUCCCUAUCCCACCCCUCCAGGUGGUCACAAAGCACUGAGCUGAUAUCCCUGUGCUAUGUGACUGCUUCCCACUAGCUAUCUACCUUACGUUUGUUAGUGUAUAUAUGUCCAUGCUAUAUUCUUAAUCUGAGGUAGAUAUCAGGUCAGGACAAACCAGUUGUAGUCAUUCAGUUGAAAGGUUGAAAAUUAUUGCAGAUUACAAUUUCCUCUUACAGUUCACCCCUAAGAAAGCAACUGAAUCAGUUUCAUCCCAUUCCAGAAGCCUUUGGAAAAUAGAGCUUUCUUUGGUGUGGCCAAAAACUGGGUGAAAACAAACAGAGAGCCCUUGACCAUUUUCUCAGUUAAAGUUAGGUUUCCAGAGCUACCUUUUCCUUGCCCCACGUGUCAUGACCACCUUAAGUACCCCCAGCUCCCUCGGAUCAUCCAUAAUCACACUUUCCUAUUCUGGACACCAGUUCCCUUACUGCUCUCUGGAGUAAGAGGAUGCCAGAAAGACCAAGAAAAGGAUUGUGAUUUCUUCAAGAAGCUUGUUUGCCUUAGAACAAUCAUAAACAGGACCUAAAGUAAAGGCUUUGGGGGGUCACAAGCCACAAGAUGGAGUGUAAUUGCUUCUUUGCCUCUCCUGAAUGAGCAAUUUGGAAGAGCAAAGAUACUUUCAGCAGAGCAUCAAUCAACCUAUUUUUCAUAUGCCACAUUCCCUGCCCCCGCCCGUUGCCUUUCUCUAUCCUGUAGGCAUUUUCUGGUCGUCAGGGCAAUAGGAUGUGAAUUUGUGUCUAGUCUAACAUCUUCAUUAUGAAUUGAACAAUAUAUGUUAACAUUUUAAUCUGUGUCUCACUUUGAGAUCUAUAUAUAUGUAUUAAAAGGUUGUUUUAGAGCCUC